GUAAGUACGGUAAACAUAACCUCAAAUCGCCUACAAAUCGAUCAUGCGACAUAACUCUGACAGAUAAUGACAAUCUGCUGACUAUCUGAUGCAAAGAGUACAAAAUUAUACUGCCUACCACCUCCUACCUACCUACCUACGUCACGAUUUAAAUAAACGAUCAUGAACCAAAAAGACAUCUUUCAAAAUAAGAUUAUGAAGUAUGGUAAAAAGUUGAGUGAGUAGGUAUUAAUUUGAUUUUUAGUUUGUUCAAUCCAAAAUUACUGUUGAAUCUAGUUGAACUAUUUGUAUAAACCAUGGAUUUGGACAAAGCCAUAACAGUAACUAGAUUAAACAUGCAAGACAAACAAUGUUACCUUUUAAUAGGAUGGCAGCCUAAUUGUUUUGACAUGUAUCUUUACGUAAAAGAUAAGCUUUGGAAAGGAAGAUUUUCUCCAAACAGACUAGCUGGUUUCAGCAGGAAUUUGCACAAGUCGGAAAGUGAUUAUUAUGCCAGUUUAAGAAAUUGUUUAGCCACUCAAAGAGAUGACUAUAAUUAUGAAUUAAAAAGUGGAUUUUUUUACUGGAAACGAAAAUUUAAGGACUCUGUGGUAAUAGAAGGAUUCUUGCCGAUGGAAUUAGACACCUCACCUCAUAACAGCAGACCAGAUUUAAUCGAAAUUCUACUUACCUUGAAUAAGCAUUUAAUCAAAAAGUUGAAUCUUAUAAAAAAUAGAUUCAAGAAUGCUAAAGUUGAUUAUGAAAAAUGCUUAAAAGAUACGGAAGAUUUUUUGAAACUGAAGAUUGAUAUGGAGAAAGCUCUUUGCAUUAAGUUUUUAAACCUGCUAAAUGUAAAGAAAACCAAAAUUGAAUCAUCUUAUAAUCGACAAAACAAAACAGUUGAUGAAAACUUAACACAAUCUUUGAAAAACCCAGCACCAAUGAAUUAGAAGAAAAAUUAAUAGUAAGUAGGUACCUACAUAAGUAUAAAGAUAAUGAUUAGGUGAAAAGAGGAUAUUCAGGAGAUUUAAAAUAAAGUCGGCAUAAAUAUAUGAAAAUUAGCAUCAAAGUUUUUUCCCUGCUAGGUAACAACAUCAAGCUGCAUGAAAAAUACUCCUGAAUCACAAAUAAACCAAAAACAUUACGUAUGUACCUUGUUCCCCUUCGCUCAUUUUUCCCCUAUUCUUUUAGAUACCUACCUACUCAAUAAAUGAAAAUAAAAUUAAUGUUAUUUAUUAUGCAUGGUGGCUCAAUUUAUUUUUUCUCAACCUUAAAUACCCAGAU